AUGAGUAGUCGGACGAGCCGCACUCUCUAUGUCGGGAACCUUCCUGGUGAUAUUCGGGAAAGAGAAGUCGAAGAUCUCUUCUACAAGGUUCGUUCGUACUCGUCAUGGCUGUCCUAGUUUUUUCUUUAGAAACUUUGUACCGUGAAUAGAUGUAGAGAGUUUUUCUUGAGAAAGUCUUGCCGUUUAUAAUCCACUCUCCCAUCGAUCUGGAGAGAUAUUAGGCGGAUAUUCUGUUCUGUCUUUGCUCAAUUUUGUUGUUCAUCUUUUUACUUCGUGUAAGCUUCACUUUUCUUCACGCAUGAUCCGCUUUCUUUCUUUUGGUCUUAAUUUUUUUUUUAUAUAUGGAUUUAAAUGUGAUUUAUGUGGGCAAUGGCAUAUGCUGGUGUUUUUGUGGGAACUUUAAAGACUUUCAUUUCUUUCAUAUGUUAUAUGGUACCUGCUGUCAGAAUGCACCAUGCUUUUUUCUCCUCAUUGUUGAGUCACUUCUGAUUUUUGAUUUCAUGUUUCUGUGAGAAAAUAUUGCGUCUCGCUUUUGUAGCCUUUUUUGGCUGAUGUAUGUGCUAUGAAGCUUCUUAUUGGUUACUGAAACAGCUGUGAUUAUUUUUCUCGUUAUUCUUGUUUCACUAGCAGUUGACUUCAAGCAAAUAUAGUCUUCGAUUUAAAGAAUAUAUUGGUUUUUGCGUACAAUAUAUAUGAUUAAGAAUCAUUUUCUUUUUUCUGUGAACAGUAUGGCCCUAUUGUUGAUAUCGAUCUGAAGAUUCCUCCGCGACCUCCAGGUUAUGCUUUUGUUGAGGUAAUUUAACCAUCUCAGAAAUGUGUGCCAAGAAGCGUUUUUUAAAUUACAUACUUGCUUUCACUGAAAAAAUAUGCUCCUUGGUGAAUGUCAGCAUUGAAUAUGAGCUCCUAGAAUCAUUUUCUUUCGUUCUAUCUUAGUUGUGUGGUUAUCGCUCUAUCCCUUUUAUAUCAUAGCAGUCUUGUACAUCUUGAUGGUUGUAGGCUUAUAAAUUUUCUGGGCCUUAUGAAGCCUGGCAAGGACGCAUUCGAUUUUUACUAGGUCUAAACCUGGCCCUAGACUAGCUGGAAAACAGAAUCCAGGCUUAUCCCAUGGGAAGGUUAGUGCCGGUCAGGAUUUGGGAGAGGGAGGCUAGUGGGGAAGUUUAAAUUCUAGAAGGGAAAGGUGGCUUCUGUAGGGGAGGCUGAAUGCGGUCGGGUGGCUGUUGUCUGUUUGUAUUGGAAUGAGGCCCCUCAACACCAUGGUGUAUUCUUUCUGUUCAACGUUCGUUGUUGUCUUAUCACAGUUUGAAGAUGCUCGUGAUGCGGAGGUUGCAAUUCGUGGACGUGAUGGCUAUAAUUUUGAUGGUCAUAGACUUCGGGUAUGCUGUUUUAGUUAUUUAUGUUUUCCAACUUUUCUAAAAAAUCGUUAGGUUUAGACAAGAGUGGUCUUUUUGUUAUUCUCUUUGUGAUUUCAGGUGGAGUUUGCUCAUGGUGGACGUGGCCUUUCAAAUUCAGUUGAUCGUCGUAGCAGCUACAAUAGUAGCAGUAGUAGUCGGGGAGUUUCCAGGCGGUCAGACUAUCGUGGUGAGUAGUAUGGGCAGGAUUACGAUAUCUUGUGUGGAAUAUAUCAUGGCUGCAGCUCUACUUAUUAUUACUUUUUUUUUGUACAGUUCUGGUUACUGGGUUACCAAGUUCUGCUUCGUGGCAAGACCUGAAGGUAGCUUUUAUUUUUUUAUGGUUUGGUAUCUCAAAAUUUAUUAUCCAACAGUGGAUUGAGCUGUAUUGCUUAACUGAUAGGAUCAUAUGAGACGUGCUGGCGAUGUAUGCUUUUCCCAAGUGUUCCGUGAGGGUAAUGGUAAGUGCAGCUUAAUUGUUCUGAUGCCUAGUUGUUUUUCAAUAUUUCUAAAUAGUAUGGGUGGUUGAUAGCCGUAGAUUAUUUUUUAUGAGUAUUAAGAAAAAAGUUUGGACCAAGUUUAGACCACUUACAAGAAUGCAGUAACUAUGGUUUGAACCAUGGCUUUUUGAUGGCCAGGAAAUAUUUCUAGUUGUUCUUAUAUUAAAAAUUAAUAACUGCAUAUCUUUAGGGGAGGCAACGAGAUCAUGGAGGAAAAGGUGGGGGUAUGCCCGUGCUUGAUUUGGGGUUCUCAGUCAGAUGGAAAGGAAGGGGAUAGGUCGUUCUGCUUACCAGUGGAAGGGAAGUCACUGGGAGGGUGUGAGGUGCGUGUCAGAGAGAGGAAAAGAAAGGAGGGUACCCCAUAGGAAGGAGAGUGCAUCUAUGGGAGUGGGAAAAGGGUGUCGGUUUAAGAUCAUACAAGGUCUUAUUUUAGCUCUGGACUGAAUUUGACAGCAAGCGCAAAGAGGGAGGAGGGACUAUCUUGGCCUCUGGUUGGCGAAGCCCUUUCAAAUAUGUAUGCGAAUAUGUAUGCAAAUACACACUCACACAAUUUUUUUCCUAGGUGAUGCCCUUAAAACUUAGCUUUCAAUGAUAAUUCAUUCUGUCUGAUGCAAAUGAUUUAUCUGGCACCAUCACUGGAAUGUCUGGCGAUCUGUUGUAUGGUGCAGUAGAAGCCCAUCUUUGCUAGUUUCUAUAUUUUAUUUUCUUUCUGUUGGAAGUAACUGGAUUUCAAAAAAGUUGCUGAGUUGAAUCAUAGUUUGUUAAGGUGACCAAGGUGAGUAAGAUGAUUUCUAGAUUAGAUAUUUUUAAGUAAUUCUUACUAGUUAACGAGAUGAAUUAUUUGGAAAAUGAGAUGAAGUAUGAGACACUGUUCCCGUGGUGUUAAAUUCCCAAAGAUAGAUAUGCACAUAAAGUUUCCGUUUUUUUUGAGAGAUCAAUAUUCAUUUGAAAUCUGAAUUUUAUUUCAAAUCUCAGGUUUCGUUGAGGGACGAUCUGGUAGUGUAAUCUCUAUCAGAUAAUAUGAAUGACGUGAAGGAGAGUUCUAAUUGGGAAAAAUAUUUUGGCUGAACGUGAGAAGUGGGUUGAAAUGGAAUAGCCUACUCUCAGACAGCUAUUUACAUUCUGUCAUUCACGUUUGGUUGAACACAGGACUCACGAGAAUAUGCUCAUUGUAUUUCUUGUCAAAUGCAAAUGGCUACACUUGUCCUAGUAAAUGGCCGUUCAGUACUGAAGCUUGGAUUGCCCAAAUGGUGCAGUCUGAGUUCAUGACCUAAAAAACGAACUCAUGUUAGUGCCUUGUUGGUUUGUGUUUAAGCUUUGUUAGUGCUUAGGCAUUGCCGUUAUGGUCUAGGCUGGCUUUUUCCCUUGAAAAAAACAGUUCAACGGAUACGAUUCCUGAUCAUUACAGAAACAGGUGCUGGUAUAGGAAUUGUUGUGCGUCCCAUAGAUUUCUCAAUUUUAUUAUUUCACAUUGUUUUGGUUCUUUUCUUACAUUUUUCUUAGGUUUGAUUUAUUUUCUUUGGUACCAAAUUGUUUGUUGGGCUUGAUACAUUGCCAUAGAUGUUACUUUUAUUUUUCUUAUUCUUCAGAAAUCUUCACAUAACAUAUUUAUUUUUCCAACAUAUCUGGUUGAAAGUUCCCAUAAAGUCAUUUUCUUCAUUUAUAAUUCUUAUUUUUGCCCGAGUAAAAUACUGUUGGCUUGCCUUUUUUGCGUUAAACUUAAAUUUAUCAUGGUUUACUCUAUAUGCUUUUGUUUAGCAGGAACCACAGGGAUCGUGGAUUACACUAAUUAUGAUGAUAUGAAAUACGCUGUAUGUUAGUUAAUCUUAUAAUUCAUUGUUCAUAACUUGCAGUGCUAUCUGUACACCUGUCUUGAACACUUGACAAAUCAUCUUUAAUGUCAAAUCCUGCAGAUUCGGAAACUUGAUGACUCUGAGUUUCGAAAUGCAUUUUCGCGGUCAUAUAUACGGGUAAUUUUCAUGAUUUCUUAAAAACUUAUUCAAUGUGAUCACAUUAUGGAAGAAGGCAUGUGUAAUCAGAUAUCAUAUGCUUUUCUUAUGUAGGUGAAGGAAUAUGAUUCGAAGCGCAGUCUUUCCAGGAGCCGCAGUCGGUCCUACUCCAGGAGCCCUAGCCCAAGGCGCAGUAGAAGCAGGAGUCAGAGGUUUUGUGCCAGUACUUUGUUAUUUUUCUGGUAGAGAAGGGUUGCAGGUUGUCAAUAAUUUUAAUUUUUUUAGCAGCAAGUCUCCCGUGGCAAAAUAUUCUAGGCGUUCUCCUUCCAGAUCUCGAUCAAGAUCUGUUUCGUCACGUUCUCCUUCAUUAUCGAACAAACGUUCUAUGUCAAGGUUCGUUUACCAUCUUAUACCCUCGGAAUUUGAUGCAUUCAAUUUAGGUUAACCAGGAAACUCAUUGUUGCUCGUUUUUUAUCUCCGGGUUUUGUCUGCAUAGUUCCUUCAGCGGCAGAUUUUACUCCUUGUUUGGAGGCUUUAAAUAAUGUGCUUAAUUAGCAUUGUAAGCAGUGACCUCUGAUGCCUUCUGAUUGACGCUGUUGGUUUGAAAUGAUGCCAUUUGUUGUCCGCAGAUUCAGUGUUCCUCUAACAGUUAUUGCAGCACCUGGCUUCCCCUGUUCCUCCACUAAAUACUGUUUUUUUUCCUACUGCACUUAUCUUUCCUUCAAAAUGGAUCUCAAUCGUUGUCUGAGCAGGUUCGACGUAAGGUAUCAUUUAACUUUACUCUUUCACGCCUUUCAGUGUAUGGCCUCAAUAUAAUAGUCAUCGGCUUGAGGACAGUCAUUGAGAAAAAUGUGCCCUUUGGUCAGAAAUCAGGCAACACAUCUUCCGUUUUUUGAAAAUACUAAAUUUCGACUGUCUUGAUGAACGUCACGGUGGAUGUUUUCACCUCGUCCCAUGUUAUUUCUCCGUUUGGAAUUUGUUUCUGCAGAAGUCAAGCGGGAUCUUUAAGAACCUGUCAAAAGCUGCCCAAUUAUCCUUUGCUGUGUUUUGAAAAUUGUCUUGUUUGCUUUCUAGAUAUGGGCAUAUGCGGCGAUGUGGGGAAUGCGUAUUAGGGGACUUGGGAUUUGGCGCAUAUGCCUGCAACUCUUGGUUGCUGUUGAUAUACGCUGUUUCAUGAGUGAGCAGCUCUGGAAACACAAACCCAUUUCAAUUUUUAUUCUCAUCAAGCCAUAUAAUUCGUGCCCUUUGGAGAAAAGUGAGGCAAAGAGGAUGAACUGUGUUUUCUCAAAGCGGGAUGUUAUUGCUUGGAUAUGGAUGGGCCAGAUGCUUGUUCAAGCAUUCUCGAAAACGAUCACACCCGUAGGAGUGGCUCUCCGCGAGGAAUUGUUUAUCAAAAUUUGGAUGCUAUAUAGUUCGAAAAAAAUGGAUCGAGAUUUAUCUUGCUAGAUAUGGCGCCGUUGCAAUUUUUUCUUAAAAAAACGGUGGAGUUGGCUGCAUCCUUUUCGUGGCUCAUAGAUGAUUCAUAUUCUCUGCCACUCAGGUGAACUAUUCCUGCAUCAAGGCAUUAGAAUAGUUCAACUGCCACGAUUCUCUUUUAUAUAAAAGCAAUUGUUCAAGUAAUGUGAACUUUAUUUCUGUUCCAAUAUAGUAAACCCUGAUGUGGGAGGGGCAUCGAGGAUCUUGGAUCGAGGUUCUUAAGGUGUCGCGGAUAUUGAAAUUCGGUUGUUUCUGGAAAUUUUUUGCAGAUCUCGAUCAAAAUCCAAAUCUCCGUCACCUCCUGUAAGUGGUUAUCACUUUACCCUGCCAAUUAUUUCUCUCGUUGUUCAUCUAAUCUUGAGGUUCUGCAGCAGCAGUCCCCUGUCAAGCAGGUGAGCAGAAGCCCCAAGGAAAAAACUCCCAGCAGGAGCAAGAGCAAGAGCAGGAGCAGGAGCAGGAGCAGGAGCAGGAGCUUGUCAGGUCCUCAGCCUCCCUUCCCCCUACACACCCACCCAUACCAGCGAAAUUUUCUGUUUUAUUCUGAUGCGUGGUAUAUCUACUUGUGCAGGUGAAAUGUAGUCCUCCAUGUAGAACCCGUUGACUCUGGGCGGAAAAAGACGGAGAGGUGGUCUAGUUCCCACUGGGGAUGGACGGCCACUGAAGCUCCUCAGUUACGUUCUCCAUAAUAUCGCACUGUUUGUGGUCUAGUCGUUGAAGUUCCUAGCCGCUAUGACUGGUACUCUGGGCCUUGCCCUCUCUCUCUCUCUCUCGCUCGUUUUAGAAUGAUAAUACAUCUGGGUCUGUGACUCUGGGUAUCGUUUUUUAUGUUCUGAUGAAUUGUGGGCCUCUUAUCGGAACACUGUCAGGUUUAUUUCGAUGGUAUCAUAGCGUUGACCUAGAUUUCAAACCAGUCGGGCGAGCUUACAGAAACCCUAAAUCACGCAGACGUCAAGAGGGUCUAUGAGUAGCAAUCUUGAUAAGUAGGGAUAUAUCAACGAGGAGGUUAUUGGAAGAGUGUUUCCCCCGCAAGAUUUCAAUUUUUUUAUGCUUGUAGGAAACCAUAUGCCAAGCAUAUCAUGGUUUUAUAAGUAAUUUGGGCAAAUAGUUUGAAUUUCUUACAGGGUUGGACUAUUCGUCGCGCAUGCUGUGUCUCACAAAGCCUAGGUGUUGUAUUCUGUGGAAAGAAAAUUGAGGGAAAGGGGAAUCCACAGAAAUACAUUAG